AUGGCCUCCACAGGGUGUCAUAAGGGCCUAAAUUUAAUCAUAUAUGCAGCUUUGGUUAUAACAGCUCUUUUUUCAGAAACUAAUGCUAUAGAUAUUUUUCUAGAAUGGAAUGUUGCCCUUGACACCACAAUCAGGCCUGUGUUAGUAGAUCAACCAGUCAUCACUAUUAAUGGGAUGUUCCCAGGACCCCUAAUCAAUGCCACCACCAAUGAUUUUAUCCAUGUCAAUGUCUUCAACAACAUGGACGAACCACUCCUCUUCACUUGGAAUGGCAUUCAACAAAGGCUAAACUCAUGGCAAGAUGGGGUUUCAGGCACAAACUGCCCAAUAAAAGCUGGGAGUAACUGGACAUAUGUGUUCCAAACCAAGGACCAGAUAGGCAGCUUCUUCUACUUUCCUUCAGUCAAUUUCCAGAAGGCUGCAGGAGGAUAUGGGCCCAUUCGUGUCAACAACCGCAAUGUCAUUGCUGUCCCUUUCCCCAAACCUGAAGCUGAAUUCGACCUCCUUAUUGGGGAUUGGAGCUAUGAUAGUUACAAGUGGAGUCGGUCGUCAGUGCAGCAGCAGCCUAUGGCUUAUCAGGGUCUCCCUGAUAUCAUUUUGAUGAAUGGUAAAGGGCCUUAUGGGCACCAAAUGACAAAGCUCCAUGAAAGUUUCACCGUUACACAAGGGAAGACUUACAGGUUCAGAAUUUCAAAUGUGGGGACUGCACUCAGUUUCAAUUUCAGGAUUCAAAACCAUCAAAUGACGUUGGUAGAGACAGAAGGAUCUUACUCCAAUCAGAUCACAUUGGAUUCUCUGGAUGUACACGUGGGCCAAUCCUACUCAGUUCUAGUUACAGCCAAUCAAAACGAGGCUGAUUACUACAUUGUGGCAACUCCUAAGUUGGUCAACAACACAUUGGGGAGUAGUAUGGGGGGCAUUGGAGUUUUACAUUAUUCCAAUUCAGUCGCAUCAGUUAGUGGGCCUCUCCCUGUUGGGCCUGACCCAUUUGAUCUCGAGUCCUCAUUGAAUCAAGCCAAGUCCAUUAGGUGGAACUUAACAGCAGGAGCUGCAAGGCCCAACCCACAAGGCACAUUCAAUGUGUCAAAUAUCACACUGUCACAAACUUUCAUCCUCCAAGGCAUGAGGGCCGAAAUCAGAGGGCUACCACGCUACGCAGUCAACAAUGUGUCGUAUUACACAGUGAGUACCCCAUUGAAACUGGCUGAUCAUUUUCUGAAUGGCUCAGGCGUCUACCAACUUGAUGCCUUCCCCACUCAAUCUGUCAACGACAUCGCUGCCUAUGGAAUCUCUGUCGUUUCCGGAACCCACAAAGGGUGGCUUGAGAUUGUAUUCCACAACACUGUGGAUGUGAUUGGCUCUUGGCAUUUGGACGGUUUCGGGUUCCAUGUUGUUGGGUUUGGGAAUGGAGUGUGGACAGCAGAGUCACGUAGCACGUACAACACAUUCGACCCAAUAGUUAGAAGUACAGUGCAAGUGUACCCAGGAGGAUGGAGUGCGGUUUAUGCAUUUUUGGACAACCCUGGAAUGUGGAAUUUGAGAUCACAACUGUUGAAGAACUGGUUUUUGGGUGAACAACUCUACGUAAGGGUUUUUGAUGCUGAUCCUAAUCCUGCCAAGGAACGCCCACCCCCUCAAAACCUUCUUCUUUGUGGGAUUUUUGAUGAGUCCCAGGCCCCAGCGCCAGCUCCGGAUGCAGGGUUGUGAUUUCAGUUAAUGGACAUUACAAUAUUGUGGAUUAUGAUUAUAUCACCAUAUAUACUUGAUAACGAUUGUAAUGUUUAUUCCAUAAGAUUUUAUAUUGACCCAUUAUUUUCAUUUUCAUGAGGAAAUAUAUCUCACUCUCUUGGACGUUGAACAUAUAUUUUUGACUACUUAUUAUUU